AUGAAAAAAAGCACAUUCGAUUAUCCAUCAGUACACGUUGACAGCAAAUUACCUAUUGAAGAUCAAAAGGAACAUACUCUUAGUAAAAGUUAUUAUGAAUUAAAAAAACUUUUAGACAAUUACAAAGAAAAGUCAAAUAAUAAUAAUAUAAUGAAUAAAGUUAAUGAGAAUAAUAAAAAUAGUAAUUUGAAGGAGGAAAAAAAUUUUCAGGAUGAUUCAUUGAAAAGAACUAUAAUACAAAUUGAAAGAUUUAAGAAAAUAUUAAAAGAAUUAAGAGAAAUGGGAAUAAAUAUGUAA